AUGAGGGGCCUCAGGAUGCUGGGCGUGAGCAUGUUUGAGGACGAGAUAGGGUUUCCCAAGUACGUGCUAACAGCCCCCCCCCGAUUCCCCGCAGUAAUUAGGGGGUGUGUGCCAGUGACAAAGAGGCUGCUGGGAAGAGCCGAACAGGCACAGCCUCCAGAUUCCCCAGCAUCGGAAAAGUGCUUCUGGCUCGCCUCGGGCCUUCCCAGAAGUUUGGAAGUGAACUGGCUUGGGGAGUCUGGCUCUUUCUGCCACGGCUGUCUUCCCCCGCGUGUGGCUACCAGAAGCUGCAGGUGCACGCACCGCACGGUGUCGCGAACCGAGAGUGACUGGCCCGUAAACAAGCUAGCCACCAACCCCGUGGCCUUGCCCUCUCCCUCCUCCUCCCCGCCUUGCUUGGAGAGCAGGAGAUGCGCAGGUCCGACCCGCUCCGCCCCAGGGCUGGGCCCAGAGCAAGGGACGAUCACUCCCCUAAAUAAAUCGGGAACCCCCGCCUGGCCCGGCCAGCACCCGCGGGCGUCCAGGCUGAGACCCAGCAGCUCCGAGCCAGCCGCCUUCCGUCCUACAGUCGUCAGUCAGUCUACCGCCCAACUCUCAUCCCCUCAUCUCGGACCCGGACCGGAACGCAGUCCCUUCAUCAUGCUCACGCUCCUGCUACUGCUGUGGUCCGCUCUGCUCUCCCGGCCAGCGCUGGGGCAGCCUCUGCCAGAGUCCAGAGACGUCCCUCCGGCGCGUUGUCUGCUGCCCCCCGACGAAGGGCCAUGCCGAGCCCGCCUCCCCAGCUUCUAUUAUGACCGCCACCUGCAGAGCUGCCGCCUCUUCUUCUUCGGGGGCUGCCAGGGCAACGACAACAACUUCGAGACUUCGGAAGACUGUGAGCAGGAGUGCGGGUGGAUUCCGAGAGUUCCCAAAAUAUGCAGGCUGGAAGUCGAUGGAGCAGAGUUUGGGGAGCACCAGGAGCAAUAUUUCUUCAAUCUCAGCUCCAUGGCCUGUGAGAAGUUUGUAUUCGGUGGUGGUCAUGGCAAUCGCAACCGAUUCCCCGAUGCUGCCAUGUGCAAGAACUUUUGUGCUCCCGUGAAAAUACCACCCUUCUGCUAUAGCCCCCAGGAUGAGGGGCCUUGCUCAGCAAAUGUGACUCGGUACUACUUCAACUGGAAAAGCAAAAUCUGUGAGCCCUUUACCUACACCGGCUGCGGUGGCAACGAGAACAACUUUGUCUCCCUGACAGACUGUGCCCACGUCUGUGUGAAAGCCCUGAAGAAAAAGCUCAGGAAGAUGCCCAGACUCAGCUUUGCCAAGAAGAUGAAGACAUACAAGAAGCUUCCCUGAUCAUGCCCCUGCCUAGGACCCCCAGGACUGGGACGGAAGGGUUGGCAGUCAUCUGGCGACACAUGGGGAAAAUGGGAGAGAUUGUACGGGCAGAGCUGCUUGAUGCCUGGGAUUCAGAAGCUGUUGUUGUAUUUUGUGUGUUGUCCUGUUACCGGCAGCUCUUUGCUAAGGAUCUGUGGCUCAUUGGUUCACUUCUUGACUAAGCCCUGUAGGACAUAUUAACCGAGGGUCACCCUUCUUCUAUUAUUCUGUUCUCUUCUGCUCAUUUUGGUGGGGUCUGUUUGGGAACAUUGAACCACUGGGCUCUCAGAAGAAGACAUUGUUGAGUGUCUUCAAGCUCAAUCCACUUCAAGAAGUGGAUUUCUGAGGGCAGAAAAAAGCAAACUGCCGACUGAAUGAGGCUCCUCAAGUCUCGGCAGUUCUGUGGAUCCGAAGGCAGAGGUCCUUCGUCUGACCAUUGUAAGACGCAGGUGUAGUCCUCUGUCCCAAUUGGUGCAGGAUGGCUGAAGCACGGUCGGUGGGGGGAGGGGGAGGGGGAGGGGAGGAGGCUGGGACAGCGCCUUUGACCCUGGCAUCUAAGUCCUCCUCCCAGUAACCAGCAGCCUCUCAAGUGCCCCACACCAGGCCCAAAGUGCCCACCAGACAUGACUGUUUACCCUUGUGAGUAAAAAGACCAGGGAGCCCCUGCUACAGUCAUGUGAAGCAGUCUUCAGUUAGAGAAAACACUAAAAGUUGGGCUUUUUAGGGCAGGACAGAUGAGUGCUUACUUUUCUCCAGUUUGAGAAUCCACUGUCAGAAACAAGAAGUCAGUUCUGGACAUGGGAAGGGGAGGAGGAGAAAUGGAUGAGCGAGUCCUUUCGAGGGGCUUACCUGCCCAGGGUGUGAUGUGGCAGCAGCUCUCUGCCCUGCUGUGGACACACCUGUGCCAUCUUCCCUAGGGGUCAGUGCCUCUGCCCAUCCACCCUGACCAGGAGGCUUUUCCUCCUCAGCCCCUGAUUCCAGAAGCCCAGCAGGGAGGGGUCAUAUCCAUCCACAGAGAAAUUCACCGAGGCCAGGAAGGAAAGGGCCUGUGACCACGGGGAUCAGGGACCCAAGGGGUAGAAGGGCUUUGGAUUCCUCCUAGACCAUUCCUUUCACCCCAGAAGGACGGGAUGUUCUCCUUUCUUUGUUGUUAUCCCAAGACAAAAAAGUCGAUAUUUCUGUGCUUGUCCAGUCUUCUCUUCCCAGCUUUAGGAGUCCCUCCUCUGAGGGGUUAAAUCGUCUACACCUUAGUGGUACUACCUGUGAUGCUUGUUUUCUUUCUAUCAAGAAUCACACUUGGAUUUAACACAUAUCUUCAGUAUCACCAAGUUCUUAAUAAAACGUUGAUUUGAAUGAAACCA